AUGUCGAUCUUCGAGUACAAUGGAAGUGCCCUAGUAGCCAUGGUAGGUAAGAACUGCUUCGCCAUUGCCAGCGAUCGAAGACUCGGUGUUCAGCUUCAAACCAUCGCCACCGAUUUCCAAAGGAUUUCCAAAAUUCACGAUAAGCUCUUCAUCGGUCUUUCUGGCCUCGCCACCGAUUCUCAGACACUGUAUCAGCGUCUUGUUUUUCGUCACAAACUGUAUCGGCUUCGUGAAGAGCGUGAUAUGAAGCCGGAGACAUUUGCUAGCUUGGUGUCGGCUAUUCUUUACGAGAAACGGAUGUACUCUAGGCAUGGAUUUGUCGUUCGUCAUGAAAAGUUUGCAGACAAUUACAGGAUGUACUCUAGGAGUCACUUUGUCAAAGGGAUUGAGCUCACAAUAUUGCUCAUUUGUUAUAUGAUUUAUGGAUCAGCAACAACUGACUCAGCAGCAUACGCAUUUCUGUCAUGGUCAAUGUGGUUUUUGGUUAGCUCUUGGUUGUUUGCUCCUUUCCUUUUCAAUCCAUCAGGAUUUUAA